AUGUUCAAGUCCAAGAGGAAAAAGGUGAAGAUCACCAGCGAGGACCCAACCUACACUGUGCUCUACCUGGGAAACGCCACGACCAUCCAGUCCAAAGGAGACGGCUGCACCGAUGUGGCCGUGAGCAAGAUCUGGGCCAAGAGUGAGAUGGGAAAGAAUGGUACAAAAAUGAGACUGACCAUCAGCUCGCAGGGUAUCCGCAUGGUGCAUGUGGACGAUAAACCCCGCAGACCAGGACACCUGUACCUAUUACACCGGAUUACCUACUGUGUGGCGGACCCGAGGCUGCCCAAAAUAUUCGCUUGGAUAUACAGACACGAGAUGAAGCAUAAGGCAGUUAUGCUGCGUUGCCAUGCGGUGCUUGUGUCCAAACCAGAGAAGGCAAAAGCUAUGGCACUGCUGCUGUACCAAACCUCUGCCACGGCUCUUGCAGAGUUUAAAAGACUGAAGCGCAGGGAUGAUGCUCGGCACCAGCAGCAGCAGCUGAUCGGGGAGCAGACCAUUCCACUGGUCCCUCUCAGAAAGCUGCUAAACGGACAGUGUUAUUACAAACCACCGGUGGAGCGCAGUCGCAGCGCGCCCAAGUUGGGCUCCAUCACAGAGGACUUGGUUGGAGAAGAGGAGGAGGAAAAGUCCAUGCACUUUGAAUGUGAGGACAUUUUGGACAAUGACUGUAAUGAGAAACAGGAGCUUACUCAGAUCAUUAAUGACUUGGGGGAGAUGAGCAUAGGGAACGAUGUGCAGUCUCUGAAAGCGGACCUCAGGGUGACCCGACUACUGUCUGGUGAAAGUACGGGCAGUGACUCCUCUAUAGAAAGCAACCAAGAGCCUCCUCACCUCACAAAUGGUUUGGAGGAACUUAAGAUCAAGGAAGUUGCCCAGUUAUCUUGA